UGAAACAGCGGGGCAAACUGAAAGAUACCAUCUGCCAAAAUAUAAAGGGGUUCCGUUGAUUUCUCAUGAAACUUCACCCAAGCUCCUCCCAAGUCCUGACCUGAUCUGAUCACCUUCACCGACCACCAUCCCCUCUCUACCUUCACACAUGUCAAACAUGACUCUCCUCGCAAACGCCAUCCUCGGUCUCAUGGCUGCAGGUGCUGCAUCGGCAGCUGCUACCCCGACCCAUUUCAAGCCCACUUUGACAGACACAUUUAUCUAUGAUCUCGACAAUGUCCCCAUCCCCGCUCCCGUCGUUACCAGCAAGUAUGGAGUAAAGGUCAACGCGCACGUGUACGUCGUAGAUGGACAGGAACAUACCGCUCAGCAGAUUGCCAAUUACCACGCCAACGGCAAAAAGGUCAUCUGUUAUUUUAGUGCUGGCUCGUGGGAACCGGAGCGACCUGAUGCACUCAAUCUUUCUCCCGAGUGCUACUGUGGUAAAGGCGUAUCCUACAACAAGCGUACUGGAGAAUGUACCGGCAAGAAUGCCAACCAAAACAAGCUCGACGGAUGGGAUGAAUGGUAUCUCGACCUUCACAACCCGUCCUGUAUCUCUCAAGUCAAGGCAUGGCAGAACAAGCGAAUCCAGUCGUUUAUUGCGAAGGGCUGUGAUGGUAUCGAUCCAGACAAUGUGGACGAGUUCGCCAACACACAAGCUUUCGGUGUCACUGCCCAGGACGAAGUCAACUAUCUCAUGUGGCUCUCCCAAACUGCGAAGAAGGGCAACCUCGCAAUCGAUCUCAAAAACGCGCCGAGUCUCCUGGUCGAUGAUAACGGAAAUCCAACUCAGUGGCAGAAACAGUUGAUCGAGGCCUUCGACUUCAGCGUCAUUGAGCAAUGUCACGAAGGGGACAAUUGCGAUCAAUUCGAUGCCUUCCUCGCCGCUGGUAAACCUCAAAUUCAGGUCGAAUAUAAUGGAGACGGUUACGAGAUGACCAAGUGUCCUUCACUUGAAGAUGGCCAACACUUGUUGGUGUACAAUACGCCAGAUCUCGAUUCGACUUUGAUCUCUCUUGAGUGCUCUGACUAGAGUUGAGCUACUGCAGCGCCCGCGCUGAACGACGUCCGCGUUGUGAUAUGGUCUUCAUGCAGAACACACCCAUUAGCUCGAUUGAGCUCGUAGACGCUUUCCCAUAGUAACAUUGUAUGCGCUUCAUCCAUGUAUGGUUAUCAUGUAUGUGUUGGCAGUAGACGAAAUCGAAGACGUGGCAAGCGGAUGCAGCGGGCAAAGCCGAUGUGCCGCACAGACUUUCGCGUUUUGCCACGGGGGAAUCGAAAUUGACAAGCGAGCCAAGCUCGUCCGUCAAAAUGUCCACGGUUCGGUUGCAAAAAGGAAGAGCUUUGUAUA